AUGAGCAAAGACAGAGAUUUGAAACUGUUACACAAGAAAAUCGAACUACAACCUCGAGCGAAGACAAUAAGGAAUGAGCAUAGGACAAUGUCUCCUACAGAGUGCACUGAAUAUUCCAACAGAAUGUUAUCUUCUCAUACUUCAGUGUUUCAGACUUUGGAAAACUCUGAGCUCAACAAUAUUGCUUUAUCAAGUAUUGCUGAGAGCGGUAGAAAAAUCAUUGAUAAUGAAUCUCACGAAGGAAAGCAAUAUACUACUCCAGCUUCUGAACUGGGCGAAGAUCCAGCCCCCUUCUCUAUCACUUCAUGGCAAUCGAUAAGUGGAUCAGUGCAGAUGUCACCUAAUCGACAAUACAGUAAUGACACAAACAGCCAUAUCAAUUCUAUAUUGUCUUUAUCCUCUGAUGGUGAAGAUGGGGUGACUGAUAUUGAGAAUAAAAAACUGGAACGUUUUCUUGAUACUGAAUCAAAACAGGUUAACGGCAAACUUUCCGCUCUAUUAAAUCAUACUACCAACAUUGCUGACACAUUGAGUGCAGAUCAAUUAAUUGAUAAGGAUUAUGAUUCUGAUGAGUCUGGGACUUUCGAAAUUGAUGUGAAUGCCCUAAUCAAAAAUAAUGACAACCCGCUUUUGACAAGAAAUAAUGGCAGCACGACGUCAGGCGUGCUAUCACCUUCGCUCAUUAUGCCCAAGAUGAUGGUUGCCUCAAAGGUAUCAAGUGCAAAUAAUCUUCGUCUUUGUGUUAUCGGUAGUGGCUUGAGCACGUUGAAAAAAGAAUUGAAUAUUUGCAACGGAAAACAGCUUCUAGAAUCAGGUUUCAACGAGACAACUUUUUCCUUCCAAUACUUGUUCACAAAUCUCAACAGCAAAGUGAAUGUUGUUGUGUUGGUCUUUGAUUCGGCAAAUGGUUUAUACUCUAAAGAUUUAUUUAAUAUUUUGGCCAGGUAUAGGAAACCUGUUUUGCCACUUAUUUAUGAAACUCCUGUGAAGAAGAAGAAUAAGAAGAAAACUAAAGGAAGAAGUAGAAUUGUUGCUGGGGGAAUUAGUGAUGGCGAAUCUGACUACGAUGAAAAUAUGUAUGUUGUUAAUGAAAAGUUUGAUGUUAGUGAAUCUGCUUUAACCACCUUGUUGCUUAAUAAUGGAAUUCGACUUUUUAAUUCCCCAAUUAGAGUUGAUGAAUCAGAACCAUUAACUUUCCAGAACUUACAUCAAAUCAUUAGCUCGUAUUUUGUGGACAAACGCGGAAAUCAGUUGGAGGAAGAUGAUGAUCAAGAAGAAAAUGAAGAAAUGAUCCAGAGCAAUGCUUCAAUUUGGACAACCACGAUUAUCCAGAAUACGAUACUGUCAGAGUCGGAGCACAAUAAGAAAGCUGGGACCCGCCAUCACAACAGGGCAUCUGUUAUUGAUAAUGCGACACCAGGUGUUGACAAGAAACGCAGGAUGUCUAACAGUAACUCUUUUUCAUUUUCUAAAAGUAGAAAGAAGAGGCUUGACAGAAAGAGACUAUCUUACAGCAAAAUCAAUAAUUCAGACCCAUUGAAACUCAACGAAAAGAAGAGCUAUAUAUUCAAUUCUUUCACCAUCGGAGUCGGACUUGGGAUUGUUUCGUUGGCCACCGUGAUUGUAUAUUAUAAUAAGCUUCGGGCUGAUAAUGACAAAAACCUAUUACCGUCAGUAGUGACUUCUGAAGAGGUAAUCGAAAAAUCAGCAUGGAGAAGAUUCCUAAAACAUACCAAUUUCCAAAGAUUGGUCUAUAAUGAAAGCUCCAGUUACAGUGACAGAAGUUUAAUUGUUAGUGGCGAGGAAUCAUUUGGACAAAGUUAUUCAUUAUCUACUUCCAUGGUUGUUGAUGCCUUAAUCGAUUCUACGAAGCGAAUGAUUUAUGAUACAAAGAUUGUUAUUUUUAAUUCUGUUUACUUCUUUAAGGGUUUAUUUGGUUGUGGAUUUUUGUUUGUCAGCUAG